CCUCGCGACGAGGAGCCGAUGUAUGUCAACGCCAAGCAGUACCACCGCAUCCUCAAGCGGCGAGAUGCCCGUGCACGCAUGGCAGCUGAGCACAAGAUGAACGUCAAGCGCAAGCCUUAUUUGCACGAGUCCCGCCAUCGCCACGCAAUGCGCCGCCCGCGUGGUCCCGGCGGCCGCUUCCUGACUGCCGCCGAGAUCGCC